UGAGUUUAAGCACUAAAAUGUGUACCAAGGCUCUCCUUUUAGUAUGUGUCUUUGUCAUCACAUUUAACAAUGCUAGCAGCACUCUAUCAGUUGCAGAAACUGCUAAAGACACUCGAAGCAUUACUAUUACAAUCCCACGUCAUGUUUCAAUGGAAGGUAGGGGUGUUAGCUUCACUCGAUGGGGAAAGGCUUGCUGCCCGUCUGGCAGCAACCUAGUAUAUUCUGGAUAUGCUGCAGGUGGAUUCUUUAAUCAGAAAGGAAAUGGUGCUAACUACCUCUGCAUGCCUACAGAUCCUGAAUAUCUGAGUUCCGCUGCACCUAGAACUAGAUCUCUUUUGUAUGGUGCUGAAUACCAGCCAUAUGAUUCAAAAAUUUUUGCCACAAAUGUUCAUGAUUACAAUGUACCAUGUGUAGUGUGCAAUGCUCCAACCAAGUCUACUGCACUUAUGAUUCCUACAAUGGUUAAUUGUCCAGCAGGUUGGAAUCGUGAAUACUAUGGGUAUUUGACAGCAGAAAAAUAUAAUCAUCAGAGAAAUGUUGCUUAUGAAUGCCUUGAUUUUGAUCCUGAUGGCAUCCCUGGGACAUCACAAGAUACUAAUGGUGCUUUGUUCUACUUUGUAGCUUUGAGACAAUGCAAUAGGGGACUACCAUGUGGUCCUUACCAGGCAGGAAAAGCUGUUUCGUGUGUAAUUUGUACAAAAUGAUACAGAAACUAUAAACUAAUAUUAGAUCAUAGGAAUUUUUGUUAGACACUCAGAUAUUAUCAUAUUUCUUAGAACAAUAAUCUGCAAUUAGAUUGGUUUAUUAAAAAAUAUAAUUAUAAAUAAUUAUUAAAAGUUUUGUAACAUCAGCUGUGGUUGUAACAAUGGUGAACUUGGCAUG